AAAUGCGUAACUGCCUUUAAACCCUAGUUCAGUAGUCCUUAAAUUACGAACUCUUCUUCUCUGGAAACUCCGGUGCUGCUCACGCCACUGCCGGUGUAGUCUCGCCGUCGCCGUGGUGCUGUGUUCGUGCCGUCGUCGACCCCAGUUGGAGUGUGUUCGUGCUCUCAGUGUUACCGUUGUUUGCCAGCAGGUUAAAUGGCAAUAAAUGAGGAUACAAUCAUUGAUGAUGAAACUGAGGAUUUGGGUGGCGAAAUGACACCAUCUGAAUCAGAAACGGAAGAGGAUGUGAAAUUGAUCGAACCAUCUAAAAAUGCAGUAUAUAACAGAGAUGCUAUAAUAGAUAAACUUGGAGACAUUAGUUGGCCAGAGAAUGUUGAAUGGAUACACAAACUGUCCAUUGAUAUUGAUCAAGAGCAAGAAGUAGAUGUUAAUGAUGACUUGGCACGAGAGCUUGCGUUUUACACGCAAGCAUUGGAGGGAACUAGGCAGAUUUUUGAGAAACUUCAGUCAAUGGGUCUCCCUUUUCUGCGACCUGCAGACUAUUAUGCAGAAAUGGUGAAGACAGAUAACCACAUGGAGAAGGUGAAAGGUCGGUUAUUAGCUGAGAAGCGAAAGAUGGAAGAGGCUGAAGAGCGGAGAAAGGCAAGGGAGGCGAAGAGAUUGGCCAAAGAGAUUCAGGCUCAGAAAUUAAAAGAAAGGGCUAAGCAGAAAAAGGAGGAUAUUGAAUCUGUUAAGAAAUGGAGGAAGCAGAGGCAACAAAGUGGGUUUGCUGGCAAUGCUGAUGAUGCAGACAUGGGUUUGAACUUUGAGGGUGGAAAAGCAUUUGAGAGGUCAAAGAAGAAAAGGCCAGGAGUGUCUCCAGGCGAUCGAUCAGGAGGGAAGGCAAAGCAAGUCGGUGGAAAUGGAAAGAAACAAAAGAAAAAAGAUCUUAAGAAUUCCAAAUUUGGUUUUGGAGGCAAGAAGGGAAUGAAGAAGCAGAAUACUGCUUAUACCACCAAUGAUUUUAGUGCAUUCAAUAAGGGUGGUGCUGCAGGAAAUAAGAAGAGGAAGAGGUAAAAUGAUAUUUUCUUUGACAUGUUUUGAGGGAGUUAUGUCAUGGAAUGUGUCAAGGGCUGUAUUUGAGGAGUUUUCAUUUACUCUCUUAAUUUGAUCUUUUGCAUGGUCUUAUGGUGAUUAGAUAAACUUUAUCAAUGUUAUUAAUUAUUAAAUAUCUACUCCAAUCUU